GUACUGUUUUGAACGUAAUUAGUUUGUACUACAACAUACACGAUGUACUAAGUAAUAUUGCUGUUAUAGAUUAAUAGAAGAAUUGGCGCAUUUUAGCCGCAGUGGCAGAUUCUCAGCCAGGUUAGCUGAUCAACAAAGAAAUGUUACUUGCGUAUCCAACGAACAUAUUCAGGUUCAAGUCGAUACAAAACAGAAAUCCUGCUAAAUGAAUGAGGUUACACGGUCAAUAAACCAAAUAUUUUAAAAAAUUAACAUUUAAUACCUGCUAAAUCUUGUUAGUUGUAGUCGCAAAGCGUCCCUGUCGUUUAUAUUAGCUUUAGCCUCCACAUUUAUUUGGUGUUGUUGCAGUUUUAUUGUGUGACUUAAUGUUUAAAUAAAUCUGAUAUUCUAGUCCGUGCAUGUAAAGCUUUCAGUUAAGGCUACGUGUUAAUCUUCAUUUAGUGGAAAAACAAGUCUGGCCGGUUCAUCGUAAAUGAAGGCCUUUGAAACCUCGUUCUGAAUAGUGUAAAAGAAAAUCAACCUUUAGCAAAUCACUGGAACUUGAAUAGGCGUGCCAGUUAAAAAAAAUCUUUAGUUAUUUAUCUUAUCAGCUAUUUGUAUAGCUGAUAUUUAGAAUACCAGUAUUCUAAAUAUUUCACGGUGCAUUUUUUUGUGUGUUUUCUAUUGUACUAUAACAAAUUUGUUUUUAAAUUUCCUUUUGUUGGAUGAUUUAUUCCCCUCAAUUUACACCGAAAUUUUUAAAAUAGUUGGAUCUAAAGAUCAUACAAAAAUUGCUUAGUUAAAUUAAAAAUAUUUUUUAGGAAUUGACUUGAGAUGUUGAGAAAACGCUCACAAUUAUUCUGCUGUAAUAGUGAUUACAAUAAAAAACAAUUGAACUUUAAAUAUUUUAUUCAGCUAAAAGGUUUGGUUAAUUUGCUUUAGAAAUUUUAUUUUUACAAUUAAGAACACCAGCAGAUAGUCUGUGUUAAAUAAAAAACAGUGUGCUCAUAUUUGCUAACUAGUUUAAUAGACAUAUAUAAAAGUCUUUAUAUAUAAUUAUAAUUUUGGAACGUAACUAUUGAAAAACUUUAAGGACAGCAUAUUUAACAAAACCAGAUAAUCAUCUUGAGUAAAAUUCAGCAAGUCUUUUUUCAGACAAUAUUUUGCUAUAAAUCAUUAUUCUUAUCAUCCCUGCUCUGAACAUUUUGCACAUGAUAAACUACUAAUAACUACAUUUUGCUAAAGUAACGUCUCUUCCUAUAAUAAAACAUGGUGUAAAUUACUGGUUGUCAAAGCAUGUGCAAAACAUUUCUGUGGUUAUUAGCAUGGAAGCUCCAGUAAGAGUCAGUCUCCCUUUCCUGCCAAAAGACAAAAGGACCAAAAUUGUAAAACUUUUUAGUGAAGGGGAAAACGGCAGAAACAACUUAUUUGACUAUUUAAAAACCAAUGUCUAAUUCAUUAGUUUUUUUAAUAGUCCGUAAAAUUUCUAAUUAGGGUUUAGAAAUAUCCAAGGAAUGUUUAGUAGUAUGUAGGCUUAGAAAUGUUGUAGCAUUAUGAUAGUUACUCUGCUGCUUUCUCAACUUCUCUGAAGCACUUUAGGGUUUUAUCUCUUUCUGCUCACAACAUUUUAAGGUUUUGGUUCAUUUUUAUAUGAAUGCUAACGCUAUGCAAUAAGUUCAACUGCAUAAAAAUGCUGUUUCUUAUUAAACAUUUUUUACCCUCUUUUAAAGUUUCAGGCUUGGAUCCAGAGUUCUGAGGCAAUUUUUUCUUGACCUCGUCAUUUACUACUAUCGUGACUUUGUCUCCAGUUUACAGAUUAGAGAUUUACAGAUCUUUGUCCAAAUUAAGGAAUUUGCCUCCAAUGGACUAAGUGUAUGGAUUUGGAAGAGGACCAUUUCCAAAGCUGUUUCUGAAAGCAAGAGAUGCACUUACAGUCUGCAGUUGCCCCUAUUCUGUGUCAGCAGUGCUAUCCAGUCAUUCAACAUGUCUGACGGCCGGAUCUAUGUUGGAAAUCUCCCCAUGGACGUCCAGGAGAGAGACAUAGAGGAUCUCUUCUUCAAAUAUGGAAAAAUCCGAGAAAUAGAACUGAAGAAUAACAGAGGAACUGUUCCUUUUGCCUUCAUCCGGUUCGAGGAUCCACGGGAUGCUGAGGAUGCUGUCUUUGGAAGGAAUGGAUAUGCAUAUGGGAAUUCCAAGCUACGUGUAGAGUAUCCUCGAUCCUCUGCUGUCAAAACUGGUCCAAUGGGAGGUUUUGGAGGAGCAGGACAGAGAGGAAGGUUUGGACCCCCAACUCGAAGAUCCGAAUUUCGGGUCAUAGUGACUGGUUUACCAUCUACUGGAAGCUGGCAGGAUCUGAAGGAUCACAUGCGAGAAGCAGGAGAUGUUUGUUUCGCAGAUGUACAGAGAGACGGCGAGGGCGUAGUGGAGUUUCUCCGUAGGGAGGAUAUGGAGUACGCGCUACGCCGACUUGACCGGACAGAGUUUCGCUCGCAUCAGGGUGAGACCUCGUAUAUCCGAGUUUAUGAGGAGAGAGGCGGUCCCAACUGGGGUCGUUCACGUUCUCGUUCCAGAUCCCGAGGCCGCUAUUCCCCUCCGUAUUUCAACAGAGGAUCUCCCCCUCGCUACCCGUCACCUCCACGCCAUCCCAUGCUAAGGCAUAGUCCGCCUCCGAGGAGGCAUCCCCCACCUCACCAUAGCCCACCUCCACGUCAUUACAGAUAGAGGCCUCAGAAUUUACACAACAUCUGGAGGAAAUUUUUCAAAUUUCUGCUUUUUAACCAUUUUGUUUGUUUUACGUCAGACAUCCUCGUCCCUAUUUUGGUAUAAAUCCAUUCCAUGGCCAGAAAACCCACAACAGCCAACUCUUUCUGCAGCCUUUAAGAUAUAUUUUUUCCUGUUUUUAAUUUGAGUUAUUUCAAAACAGGAUUAGUAAUUUUUAAGUUGACAUUCUGAUGUUUACUUUGGUACUUAAUUUCUUGGCUGUUCACAAAAACCUUGUCAGAAACUUAUUUUGUGUUUUUAAACUGAUCAAAUUAAAUUUUCCACUUUAGAUUUUUUUUUUUUUGUAGGGAUUUUUUUCAUUUUUUCCUCUCAAUGAUAUUAAUCAUUUGUGAGCCUUAUAGCUGAUGUCUGGGAACCUGUUGUUUUCUUCUAAUGUGUGAACAGUUGAUUAAAGUGACCUGUAAGUUGAGUAUAAUUUGUUGUUCUUUACCAAUAAAAUACAAACUCUU